AUGUCCGCUCCGGAACUAGCGUGGCAAGUGGUCCGGGACAUUGGUGUGCACCGGUGUCGGUUCGGUCAUGUGGGCGGUGCUAUUGACAAUUUCACCGAAGCAGCACCAAGGGUUGGUGAAGACGAUGAGUCGUUACUGGUGCUGAAGGCAAAAGCACAGCUGAAGUAUUCCGAACCCACUGCAGCACUGGCAACGAUACGAAAGGCCCGAAAAUAUCCCGGAAAUUUGCUGCACUGCCAGGCAUUGUACGAAACUGGAGAUCUCGAGGGGCACCUGCUCACAUCCGCCAACGGCCGGCGUCGCCAACAUCCGGCCUCGGGCCAUCGGCAGCAGGACUUUACCGCUGAGGUAGAUCUCGGUCUAUCCACGUUCGACUGUACAUUGGGUGAGCGGGCCGGCGCAUCACUGCUCGAGUAUAGCCAUCGGUUCGAAGAGAUUGCAGCGGAACAGCGGGAACUACGACAGCGUUCGGUCGAGCGUCCCCGGUGGAAGGUAUUGGCCGAGGCUGGUGAGUGUGAUGUGAUCAGUGUGCUCGAGACGGUUCGCAAGGUGCCACCGUUGCGAGAGCAAAUUCGACGCAAGAAAAACAAGCAAAUUCUGGGCCAAAUCCAUCUCGGCCGGGGAUGGGAAGAUUGGAUGUUUAUCGAGGAUUUGUUGCCCACGGGACGGUACGGGCCAGUCGUUCGACUACCACAAACGAGGCAAAGCUCCCAAGCGAUGGACCAGUUGGUGAACGAAUGCUACACGAAAGUAUCGGCUCGGGUUCGGAUUUCGCAGGCCUGCUAUCCGGUGUACAGCUUGCGGCAUGGCCGUUUUGGACCACAAUCGAACCACCGGCGGGAGAUGUACGAAAUUGAUGAGCUUUGCAAGUUCCGGUACCGGGCAUACCGUGCCGUACACAAUCAGUUCGAUCGUAUGUACGAGCUGCGUGACCGGGGCAGGACAAAUGAGCUUCUUCGGUAUGGUGGUGAGAUUCUGAACGAUUUCUACAAGACCACCACGGUACGGGUACUACCGGACAAGGGCAAGCUGGUGCGUGAACUGUGCAAUUUGAUAGGAUUGGCCAUACUGGAUGGGUUGCGUAUACCACCGAGCCUGAUGGAUGAACCACCGGACCGUCGCUUGCUGCUGCUGUUUGCCGUCCCACCGGCAAAGGAAGCGAAAGUGGUUGUUCCCGUGUUUGGAGACAUUUCCACCUACCGAGAUCCUACCGAACCGGAUCACGAUUAUCUGCGCUAUAAGAGCAAGAUUGCGGAACUGGAGCGUCGGUACCAGCGUGUGCAGUACCCCAUAGAGCACUGUUUAGUGGACUACCAGAUGGCACGGGAGCAUCUGCUGAAUGGUUGGCUGGACGAUGUAAAGGUGAUGGGUAAUCGGAUGAUCGACGAAGCGAUCGGUUGCGGUAGCCACUUGUGGCAGCUCAUCGGACUACUCACCGUCGCGAAAGCCCUGUGCGCCCAGCAUAAUCUGGAGCAGCUGGCCGUUCAGCUGCGGGCAGCGGCCAGACUCGUACAAAGCCGUUUGCCCGACGAACGGAUUGCUUUUUUCAUCGAAGUAUCGCAGAAGCUAAACCAGGAUUUGCUAAUGAAAAAGCUGGGCCAAUCGUUAGUGUUGGAACAUUCGCUGCUGGUUUAG